GCUAAUUGCACAUUGGCUUCACCUGCUUGGAUCUGCAGUGAGAAGGUGCAGCGAACACUGGGUGUCCUUACCCAGGACUUGGAUUGGCGAUUUAAAUUUUUGUUUUGUUUUUAUCGUUGUGUUUUGGUUCUGUCACAUAGUUGAACUGGACUCCUAAUGGACACCAUAAAGUACCUGGAAAUGUCACAAGAUUCCACCAAGAGACAGGGUGACGUGAAGAUGGAAAUCUCAGAACUUGUAUGCACCAACUCAAUGCUGCAGGGGAUGAAGGGGUAUCAGCCAACACCAGGUGACCUGGAGUUUAUUAGGAUGAUGAAAGAAGAGAAACUGCAGGCCAAGAUCAAAGACAUUCACAUGAUAUUGGAGAAGAACCUACAUUUGGAACUGGUCUCCAAGGACACGGAGAAGGCUACCUUUACACAGGCAAAAUUAAUGCAGGAGAAACUCCAGACAUUUAUUGACAAGAAGAGGAACGAGUUGUUGCUGAUGAAGAGGAUGAUGGCAAACAACGAGAAAAAAAUUACUGAAGAAAUAGAACAACUUGAGAAGACCAUGUUUGGCCUCACGCUGGAAAUUGCACAACAGGAGACACAAACCAGCAGAGAAAUCAAAAAUGAGGUGGAAGCACGAGUCGUCUCAGAGGAGCUCGGUGAUCAACAACAAAGGCUCCGGGACACAACAAACCACGGCCAACCGAGGAGGAGAGAAUCCCCCGACAUUGAAACAAAACAUGUGGAGGAGACCAGCGUGGAAAACAACACCAACAAAACCGUGAAAAUGACAAAAACCAAAGCCAAGUCUGUGAAAACAGCCAAGUCGAAGCAGAAGAAACUUGAAGAGCCAGAAGACAAUUCCAAAAAGUCCAGGAGGGGGAGAAAGAAACCUCCAGAAGUCUCCGCUCCUUCAGGGAGAAUGGGAACUGAGCUGAGUCCUGAAAAAACUGCAGCUUCUCAACAGGGAGGUGUUGAUGAGGAGACACAAAACCCUGCUCUGAGGAGAUCCAGGAGGCUGGCAAAAAAGAGCUGACGUUUGUACAAGAAGCUAGGAAACAUCUCCAUUUGGUUUGAACAUAAAACAACUCGCCAAUAUUCUGGAGAGAGUGAGUGUCGAGAUUCCUCAGAUUGUUGAUUUUAAACUUACUUAAUUUUUUUUAUUCAAUAAAAAGUGCUCCACUUCUGAUACUACAGCCUGCAUACUACAUCUGACCGUGCAAGUUUUACAUUUGGCCGAAAUACACUGAAUUAUGAGGCAAAUGUGUACAAGGUCCUGUUUAAGUAUUUAAAGAUUUGAGGUUGCUGUUGAUAUGAAAUGUCUUCUUAAAAGUGUCCGGUCUAAAGAAAACAAUUUUGUAAUAUUAAAUUUCUAGGUGAUUAAUCCAUACUCUAAUAAAAACGUUUUU